AGAGAGGGGAAGAGGUGAAGAGGAGAGGAUAGAGGAGUAUGUUGUAAGAGGCUGGAGGCAGCAUGAGUGAGUCUCUGUGCAGGAGAUAGCAGCACUGGCACUUUCACUGCUACGCACGAUGGGGGCCGGCCUGUGGUUCCUCUUCUUCGCUGUGAAUGGAGUCGGAGCCUUUGUACACCCGUCGCAGCUCUCGUCCUGCCGAGUGCUCCAGAAGGAUGCAUAUUGCAGUGAUCUGAACCUGACGACUAUCCCACCCCUGCUGCCACCUGGCAUCCACAUGCUCGACCUGUCGCGCAACUUCCUCCAGAACCUCACCGAGGACAUCCUGUCUACCUAUCCCACCAUCCACCAACUCAACUUCCACUCCAACAGGAUCCAAAGCAUUCAGCCGGGCCUCUUUAGAAACAUGACCCACCUUCAGGUUCUUGAUCUCUCCAGAAACCAGCUGCACCUUUAUGCGGCACUGAAAAAUAAUGUGGGGCCACUCACCUCAGUCCAGAAACUGGACCUGUCUGGAAAUGGCUUUUACACGGACAUGAGCGACUACUUUCUGAGAGAUGCUCCUGCCCUCAGGAACCUCUCUUUAAAGGGAAACAGCAUAACCAAAAUAGGCAAAGAAACAUUCAGUGGGUGCCUGGGCUUAAGAAACAUAGACUUACAUAACAAUGUCAUUCUAGAGAUUGAGGAGGGUACGUUUGACUCUCUGCAGCACCUCACCGAGCUUGAUUUGUCAAUGAACUCGAUUUCAUGCAUUAAUGACUUUAAUCUCUUUCAGCUGAAAUCAUUAAACCUAAGCAAGAACAGCAUGACCUCCUUCCAGACCACUCACUCAGACCAGGAGUUCGAGCUGCUGUACCUGGACCUCAGGGAGAACAAGAUCCACUACUUCCCCAUUCUCCCAACCAAGAACAAGAUCAUCUACCUGGACCUCUCUCGUAACCAGCUGCGCAGCGUGAACUGCACUGGUGCAGCUGAGGAACUACAGUACCUGAAAGACAGACAUGAGUUGAUACAUGCCCCCCAAUGCAGCAGGAGUCACCACCAGGAACUAUACAGGCUCUGCUACUUGGACCUGAGCUAUAACCAGUUUAAGACUGUGCCUUCUGACUUUUUCAACAGCCUGGUGGCUCUAGAGACCCUAAACAUCAGCAAUAACUGUCUGAGUAGCUUCAUGGUGGAUACAAAGGGCCCGCUGUAUGCACUGAAGACCCUCGAUCUGAGUUUCAACAAUUUGCAGAACUUGACAUUUCCUGAAGGCACCUUGCAGAAACUGAGGACUCUUUAUCUUCAGGGCAACUAUCUCAGCACCUUGGACUUUUCCCACCUACCCAGCAUUACAAACCUGCAUCUUCAGCUUAAUGAGCUGCGUGUCUGUGGUUCACAGGACCGACCCAGUGGCUGUGUCUCUUUUUCCUCGAUGCCCAAACUGCAAUACCUCUACCUCUCUGAGAACAACCUGAUUUCUGUACCUGCGCAUGCCUUCCAGGGUACCCCAUUGCUCAUCCUGGACCUGUCACUGAACCCUGGUGUGGAGAUCAGUGAACAAGCUCUUUCAGGCUUGGAGAGCUCCCUGAAAUACCUCUCUUUGAGAGGGGACCAACUCCAGACACUUAAAACUGACCUCUCUCUUCUACGAAGCCUGAGAAUGGUGGAUUUGUCCAGCAACCGACUGACCAGCCUGUCGCUGAGCAGAGACUCUGCCAUAGAAAUUCUGCGUCUGCAGAACAACAGCUUGGAAACGCUGGAGGAUCACACACUCAUGGCUCUAGAGGGAAAGCUGAGAACUCUCCAGGUCAGCAUGAAUCCGCUCAGCUGCUGUGCAAACACACGUCUGAUCGGUUGGGUGCAGCAGGCUAGUGUGGACAUUCCAGACAUCCUGAUGGCUACCUGCCAUUACAGAAAGGAUGCUGAAUAUGUGAAGAUCAACCUCAGAAAUGUGAAAACUGAGCACUGCGAAACUUUGAACAGCAAAGUGUUUGUGAUUAGCUUGAUUGCAGUGCUAGUUUUGGGACUGGUGGUGGUUUUGCUAGUGGCCAUAAAGUUGUGCCACUCAAGAGGUCACAGAUUCAGCCACAGCUACAAGGCCUGAAACACUCGUGAAGGAAAACCGAGAAAGGAAACUGAAGGUGACCUAUAGAGAUGUGACAAUCACGAGUUCAGCAAUAGGUCCCUCCUUGGUGACCUGCUGGUAUUUUUGAUAUGAUUGAAGGGGAACUGGCCAAAGUCUAAAAGUUUGAAACACUAGGCCCAGUCAAGGCUGACAUUUCAGUCACAACUGACAUUUUCUUUCUUCUGAGGUUUGUUAGUGAACAGAGGUUUGCUGUGUUGUUUUCGAAUGACUGAAAAAAAAAAUCUAAGCAGAAAAGCAGCCUUGACCAAACACACAGGCCCUUCUGGUUCUUUAGAGAAGUACUUUAAGAAAGAAGGUCUAUAUACGUCUCAGAGAAAGAGCAUCAACACCAGCACAAAUGAGAUCCAAGCUCAGCACUCUUAUGGAAGUUUGAUACAUGUGAAGGACUCGAUGAAGGACAACGUCUGCUGCAUGUGUUUAGGACUUCUUAUUAUCCCGAUGAUACUGUCUGUUUAUAUGCUCACUACAUUUCCCAGGGUUAGCUUUGCCUAACUGACUCAUUAUAUUGCACUUUAAGGACUGUGUUGCGUCAAUAUGAAAGAUGUGUAAAAAUGUAUAUGUACUCCUCUUACGCAUAACCAAAGCCAUCCAACACUACAGAUGAACGCAAUAAUAUACUUCAUGCAGAUUUCUAAGAGAGAUCAGAGGGGUGUAGAACAUAGGGAGGUUCCUGAUAUUGGUGGAUCACAUUGGAUUCUACUCAAGGUAGCUUUAAACUAAACUACACUCCUAAAAAAAAGUUCUUAUAGGGUUGUUUGGUGAAGAAAAUGGUUCUAUAUAGAACCACGAAGAACCCUUUUCUUGAUAUAAGGAUUAUCUGCAUCAUGAACGAGUUCUUCAGAUUGAUGGAGACGGUUCUUUUUAAAAAGGAUUCUUUUAUUGUUACAAGCUCGAUAUCAUAACAACAGCAGAACCCUUUUUCAAAAAGGUUCUACAUAGAAGCACCUACAGCACAUUCUCCAUCAAUCGUUUAAGUUUGCAAACGGUUCAUAGGAUGUUCGUGGUUCUACUUGGACCGUUGUCUUUAGUUAAGAACCCUUGAAGAACCUUUUUUUUUUUAAGAGUGUAGCUAAACCUGCUAGCAUGUUAACAGCUUUGUAAUACGGCCCUCAGUCUGGUGUGGUUCAGUUUGAAGGUCAGUGGCAUAGGACCAGUCAUGAGACUGGACAGAGAACACGUGGAGUGUGGUGUGCGUACGUGUGUGUGUGUGUGUGUGUUUGGGUGGGUAUGUGUGAUCUGAUUUAACCGAGCCAGGGCAGAGGAAGUGCUGCUGUCGGGACACCUGCAACAAAAAUGCAGUAUGUUGUUUUCACAGCUUUAGGGCCACUGCAGAUACAUUUCCUGUUAUUGAUUCAGUCUCACCAACUCCCCGUAAGUCUUAACAAGGAAUUCGCUGAUACAGGACGAAAAAACGCAGCUUUUCAUUAUGUUGAUAUAGCCGUUUAUUUACAUUCCUUGAAAAAAUAGGUGUGUUUUAUGACACUCAGGUUAUACAUCGCCUCACACUCGGAUACAAGCAGGCUGUGAUCAAGCAUCAGUUAUCCAUCAGAGCUAUGAUAUUAAUAGAGUUCAGUGCCAGGAGCGGUUUAAGCCAGCUGUCAAUACCAGGAGUUGGCAUGACUGAAAUAGACACAGGAAAUCCCUGUGUGUUUGGAUGUGUCAUCACCUCAUGUUAUAAAUAGGAAUUCAUUUAACAACCUGUUGACUUGAUAACAAAGAGGGACAUUUCCUCCUAUGGCUUUCAUGGUCACUACCACUUCUUCUUUUCCUCCUACGCAAUCUGUUCACACCGAAACCAGCAGUGAUCACACACACUCACACACACACACACCCACGCAGUUCUGCAGAGGCCAGUGACGACUGCUCCGGCUUCAUUCCACUAAAUAUUUAUGCUUUAUGAAGGAAUAACUCCAAUGUGUGUGUGUGUAUAAAGAAUGUAAAUGAACUAGAGACAUAGUUCAUGCAGAGAUAUAUUUAUGAAGUUUUAUAUUUUCGUAAAUAAACGGUCUGUCUUACACAAA